UAAAACAUCUUAAUUUUUCUUAUUUGUUUUUGAAUUGGCGCCCAAAUCUCCCCCACCGUCAAACCGGAAAAGAAAGCCCUAGCUCGAUCGCAGGCCUUUUGCUCGAACUGACGUACGAACGAAACCCACGCAAUUCUUCACCAGUUCACCUUCACGACUGACGUACCCACACAAUUCUUGCUGAUCACUACUUCACCUCGAACCGACGAAGGCACGAACCCAAAUUAGACUGAGUGUUUAUUGGCUUGAGUGCUUGACGAAGUUAGCUUGAAGAAGCCAGCAAGCCAGGCUAUUAUAAUAUAAGAUCAAAUGGAUUCUCAGAAUGAAUGUAACAAUAAAAAUAACAGAAAGCUAGAAGUAUCCAAUGUUGCAGAAAAACAGGAAAUUAAAGACUUGUGGACUGUUUUGCCCAAGGAGGAAAUUGAAACAUAUGGGCAGACAAAUGGACCAAGGACUAGAAUUCAAUGCUCAGACACUGAAUUUGUAAACAGUUGGAAAGAAUUAGGGGAAGAGAGGUGUACAAUUUUGAGAACCAAUUUGAAAGAUAACCCAUUUCAGAGUCUUUUGGAGCUGGAUGGUGGGGUGAGAAACAAUGAUCUUAUACUCGAUCUAGUAUCCAUCUUCAAUGUCUCUAACAAGAGUCUAAAUAUCAAUGGUCAUGACUAUAGAGUCACACCUGAAGAAUUUACUCACAUCAUGGGAAUUAAAGAUGGUGUGGAAGAGAUUGAUUUGAAAAAACAUCCUUCAAAAGAGUUAAAGACAUUGUUUGCAGAUAGUAAUCCCUGUCAAUUUACAGUAUCCAAUAAAAAAAUUGCAGUACAUCUUAAAAGCAAUGACAUGAACAUUGCUACAAAAGCUUAUGCUCUCUUAUCCUUGCUUCGUAUUGUAUGUGCACCAGGAAGGGGUAGCUUAAAUGGGAAGUAUUUAAAUAACAUUGAUGAUAUGAAUCACAAGAGGUGGGCAACACAUGCCAUUGAAACUCUUGUGCAGAGCAUUGCUUCUUUUCAGAAUAGAAAAGGAUUGAAACAAAAAUAUCUAGGUGGAUGUGUUUUGUUUUUACAGUUAUUUUAUAUGAACAAGGCAAGUAUGAAUCCAAAAAAAGAUGUCCUGCUUCUUCACCAUUUCAAGAAAAAUGUUGUUGAUACGUUUUUGAAGGAACAUAAAAAGAGAACAGCAGGGUUGCUGUUCACUGUAGGCAAAAGAGUCGAAGUGCGUAUUAAGGUAGGAAAUCUGAAGGUUUGGUUCCCUGCAACUGUUGUAGAAAACUUGGGCGACAAUUCUUUUCUGGUUGAGCAUCAGCAGCCAGGAAUUGGUGAUGAAGCAACUCUUCAUAAAGUUACUGUAGAUUACCAACAAAUCCGACCCUCACCACCUCAUCUGAGCCUCAGGGAUAAGGAUUUUGUUUUGCUGGAAAAGGUGGAUGCUUACUAUGAUUUUGGUUGGUGGAGGGGAGUAGUUACCAAAAAACUUGCUGAUAAUAGGUACAACGUGUUCUUUAAAUACACAAAAAAAGAGAGAGAAUUUGAUUGUUCAAGUGUAAGGCCACGUAUGAAGUGGAAACGCGGAAAAUGGUUCAUCACUUUCCAGGGACAGGGUGAAUGUAAUUCUGUGAAGGGUGAGACGGAUGGGAGAACAACUCAGUCCAAACAGCUUGAGCAGACAACCCCUAAACAAUCUACUGUUGCAACCUCAAUAGCAAAGAGAACAAAUCAGACAGAUCUUGACAGCAAUGAUAGUAAUUCACUGCCUUCCAGGAGACUGGGAAAUGAAAUUAGGUCUGAUGAUCCAAGUUUAUCAAGUCAAAACACAAAUGGCCAAUCUCAGGGGUUGGAUACUGAAUGUAGUAAACGAGGAAAAGGUGCUGAACCGAAAACUCCAACAAUGGAUUCUUCAAGAAAGAAGGGGAGAUUGGAAACCGAGCUUAUAGGCAAAGGAGCUAAAGAUGAUCCAGCCAAAACAAGAAGCCACAAAAAUGUGGAAAAAGAUGUUACCCAAUGUAAUGGUAUGACAAUAUCACAAGAGAAGAAACUUAAACAGUUGAUCAAUGUUGCAGAAGGUGAGACAAAACAAGCAUCUCCAUGUGCUGUGUUGUCACCAUUGACAGUGGUUGAUAAGGAGGAAAAGGAAGGGAAAGAGGAAGCUGAAAUUGUUUCUCCAACUCCAACUCCAAAAAGGAAGAGGGGCAGACCACCUAAAUUACAAGCCAUAAGUCCCGAGAUUCCAGUUUCAGCAGCAGCAGGAGUUGCAGUUAAUGAUCAUGAUCAUGAGAAUGAAGGUGUUGGUCCCCUUGAGAUGGAAAGUUCAGUAACCAAACGUUUAGAGCAACCUGGUGCAGAAGACAAUAAUGAGAAUGUAAAAGUACAAGCACAUCCACAGCCACAGGAGGGAAAAGUGUAUUCAUCUAUGAGAGGGAAAGGAGGAAAGCGACGGAUAAUCAGUAUAGACUCUGAAUCUCCUCCAAGUGGAGCAACCAAGGGAGAAGAAGGUUUAGGUUUUGGUGAUAAUUUUCCCUUUAAGAUAAGCAGUCCUACACUCUGGAAGACAAUAGAAUCGAUGGAAGUGUUGCGCAAGAUUCCACAGAAACCACAUUUCGGACCAUUGGAAGGGGUGAAGGAGAGCGAGCGGGAAGGAGUGGCUAUUGGUAGCAUGGUGACCUUUUCGCGGGUGGUUGACAAGACUUGUGCGCUGCAAUUUGAGGAUCCGAGAAGCGCGAUAGAGGAGUGUUUGGAAACGGUGGCGGAACUGGAACUUCAUGGGUUUCAGGUGGAGCUGGUAAGAGAGCGGUUGACACAGCUGCUUCUCAUAAAGGAGAAGCAGGAGGAGGAGGACCUCCAGCAACAACGUUUGAAACGGAUCACACAAAAAAUGGAGGAGGCACAGAUGGAAGGAAAAAGACUGGAUUCAGAGAUUGAUGAAAUUGAUACGGAGAUAAGAGACUUGGAGAAGAGACGCAGGCGGUUACUGUCCAACAAGGAAAAACACGACUCACGGAUAGGUCUUAUUAAGGCCGCUGGGGACCGGCUCCACCAACACCUCACGGAAGUUGGACUGGAUUUUCAUUGCUUGGCAGCUGCCCCCUUUCUUCCAUCUGGCAUCAUUAUGAAUGAUUGAUUGGAAUUUGGAAUGAUCCUUCUCCUUCCCUUCCUACUCAUGUGAUUGUUACUUUUGCACUAAAUUUCUAGUUUUUGAAAAUUUUCGUUA